AUGGCUACCUCGAGUAACAAACGUCUCCCUGUGGGAAACAAAGAUUUCACCGAAGCUACUGUUGUCAUUAUUGGCGCCGGCAUUUCGGGAAUCUGCAUGGCGAUUGACUUGAUCAAACGGAAUAAGACUCACAACUUUGUUAUCCUUGAGAGAAGUAGCAGCGUAGGAGGAACUUGGAAUGACAACAAAUAUCCUGGUUGCUGCUGUGAUGUCUGGAGCUCGCUCUACAGCUAUUCCUUCGAACAGAACCCUAAUUGGUCGAGAGAGUAUCCCAAACAAGAAGAGAUACAUGCGUAUCUUAUUGGCGUUGCAGAGAAAUAUGGACUCUACAAGCACAUUCGAUUUAACUCCACAGUGGAGGAGGCCCGUUGGGAUGACAUCAAAUUCAAGUGGAAGACAAAGGUCCUGAUAUCAGGGCAGAAAGACAGCGAGUUUUUCAGCUCCUAUGUUUUGAAUUCCGAUUUGCUUGUCUCUGCUGUUGGGCAACUCAAUUCACCCCGGACACCCGAAAUCCCAGGUCUGGGGGAUUUCCAAGGGAAAAUGAUGCAUUCUGCCCGGUGGGAUUGGAGUUACGAUAUGACAGGAAAGCGAAUCGCAAUUAUUGGCAACGGAGCAACUGCCGUUCAGAUCGCCCCUGAAGUUGCUCGAGUGGCUUCUCAUCUUACUAUCUAUCAGCGAACGCCAAAUUGGAUCGUUCCUCGCCUGGAUCAGCCAGUAUCCACCCUUCAGAAGGCCCUGUUCAGAUUGUUUCCACCGCUCCACUGGCGCAAGCGCGCCCUUCAGAUGGGAGUCCGUGAAGACUCUUAUGUAGCCAUUACAGAUGGAAAUUCGCCCCUCGCUCAUUACAUUCGGACCUUGGGUACCGACGCGAUGAAAUCCCAGCUGCCUGACCGACCGGAGUUAUGGGAUACACUGACACCCACUUACGCGCCUGGGUGCAAGAGAAUCAUUGGUUCAGAUGAUUAUUAUCCCACUCUUGCUCGUGAAAAUGUCCACUUGGAGACUCGGGGCAUUACGGGUAUCACGGAGUCCGGGAUUGAAGUCGACGAAGAAGAUGAACAAGAAUACGACCUUAUCAUUCUUGCUACUGGCUUUAAAACUGCGGAUUUCAUGCAUCCCAUCCGAAUUUAUGGCUCAAACGGCCGGUCCUUGGAGGAUAUUUGGAAGAAUGGAGCCACGGCGUUUAACGGUGUUGCAGUCGAGGACUUGCCAAACUUUGGAAUGUUCUAUGGCCCUAACACUAACCUCGGACACAACUCCAUCAUCCUCAUGAUCGAAGCACAGUCACGAUAUCUGAACAUCCUGGUUGGGGAAGUGAUGCGAGCCCGUCAACGAGGGAAGACGCUGGCUCUCAAGCCAGAACCGGAAGCGUUGAAAAGCUACAACGAUAGGGUCCAGGCCGUCCUACGGCAGACCAGCUUCGCGGAUCCAAAUUGCAACAGCUGGUAUAAGAGAGACGACGGGGUCAUCACCAAUAAUUGGUCUGGGACUGUGGUGGAUUAUCACCGUGAACUUUCAAAGGUGCAGUGGCAGGACUAUAUUGCUGAGGGAACAGGUAACGAUCGUGUCUUGAGUAAAGCUCCUACAAAGGUUAGCCAUGCUCAGGAGGAAAUCUUGUUGAGCAAUUUCUCUUUGCUUGCUGGGGCUAUCAGUGUGCUAUCGGUGACAGGGUACCUUGUAGCUCAGUCGAAAAAAUUCAAGGCUCACUAA